UCAACAAGGUUCUGACGUUCAUCUCCGUCAGUCAUGGAUCUUUCUGGGAUUCCCAGGACAUGGACACUGUUUGUCUGCCUGAGCUGGAUUUGUGUGGGACAAGUGUUGGCAGAACCGCAGUAUGUGGUGGCCAUUCCUGCAGUUCUCGAAGCUGGAGCUGAGACUAAGCUCUGUGCGAGUCUCCUGCAGCCCAACGAGACGCUGGUCAUGACUGUCACUCUGAUGUCCUAUGAGACGAAUACAACGCUCUUCGAGAAGACAUCUGACACAGAGUUUCAUACCUGUGUUCAGUUUCAGGUUCCUGUAGUGCAGAGACAAACGAUACAGAAGUGUGUGGUGGAGGUACGAGGCGACACUUUUUACUCAAUACAAAUCAUGAAAGUCAUGAUCAAAGUCUAUCAACCAAUGACAUUCGUCCAAACAGACAAACCGCUCUACCUCCCUGGACAAACAGUGCAUUUCAGAGUCGUUACACUCGACACUAAGUUGAGACCUGUUAAUCAGCUGUAUAACAUCAUUGAAGUUGAGUUUCGCAGACCAGGUGAGGCGGAGGCGCAACGCACCUGCACUUCGCCAACUGGAAAUGCCACCAAAGAAGCUUAA